AUGCAACAAAUCAUAACGCCAAAACUCUUUGAUACGGAUAACAUUCAACCCAUAUUAGCUGACACUUUUCAAGAAGAAUCAACAAGGACUGUUGCCUUUGUGCCUGGCUUUAUGCCAGAGGAUCAAUUGCCCGAAGCUAGGGAUGUUAUAUUAAGUCAUCAGGUUCGUCAUCAAGUAGCAAUUCCUCCUAAUUAUGAUUACAUCCCACUUUCUCAACAUGUUUCACCUGAAGAGCCUGCAAAAGUAUUUCCAUUUGAAUUAGAUCCAUUUCAAAAAGUUGCGAUACAAUGCAUAGAAAGAUCUGAAUCAAUUCUAGUAAGUGCACAUACUUCUGCUGGUAAAACUGCGGUAGCAGAAUAUGCUAUUGCACAAGCUUUAAAAAAAGGAGAGAGAGUUAUUUAUACGAGUCCUAUAAAGGCUCUAAGCAACCAAAAAUAUAGAGAAUUAGAAAGUUUUUUUGGAGAUGUUGGACUAAUAACUGGCGAUGUUUCCAUCAAACCAGAUGCAAGUUGUUUAGUGAUGACUACUGAGAUUUUAUUAACUAUGCUUUAUCGUGGAAAUGAAAUGAUGCAUGAAGUGUCAUGGGUGAUUUUUGAUGAGAUACAUUACAUGAAAGAUCAAGUCCGAGGAGUUGUUUGGGAAGAAACGAUUAUUCUUUUAUCAAAUAAAAUUCAUUUUGUAUUUUUAUCUGCAACCAUUCCCAAUGCUAUGGAAUUUGCUGAAUGGAUAUGUAAAAUACAUGCACAACCGUGUCAUGUUGUGUACACCGAUUUUCGUCCAACUCCAUUACAACAUUAUAUUUUUCCUUGUGGAGGUGACGGCAUUUUGAUGAUUGCUGAUGAGGAAGGAAAUUUUCAAGAAGAAAAUUUUAGAAAAGCAACAGGAAUGUUGGAUGUAGAUGCUAAUGUUGAGUAUUUUGAUUACAAGGGAAAGAAAACAAUAAUACCAUCGGGAAAAGAAAAAUCCGAUAUUUAUAAAAUUGUAAGUAUGGUCAUGGAAAAAGUAUACGAUCCGGUAAUAAUCUUCACAUUUGGUAGAAGAGAGUGUGAGAAUUUAGCUAUGCAAGUAAAUCAUUUAGAUUUAACUGGAGACGAAGAAAAGGAUCUAAUACAACAAGUAUUUGACAAUGCACUCAGCAUGCUUCCUGAUGACGAUCAAGAUUUAUCACAAAUUGGAAAUAUGUUACCAUUUUUAAGACGUGGUAUUGCAAUUCAUCAUUCAGGAUUAUUACCAUUCCUUAAAGAGGUCGUUGAAUUGCUUUUCCAAGAAGGGUUAAUCAAGAUUCUUUUCGCAACUGAGACUUUCUCUAUGGGUCUUAAUAUGCCUGCUAGAACUGUUGUAUUUUCUGAUAUAAAAAAAUUUGAUGGUCAAUGUUUAACCUCUGGUGAGUAUAUUCAAAUGUCAGGCCGUGCAGGUAGGAGAGGUCUUGAUUCAAGAGGAAUUGUAAUAAUCAUGGCCAAAGAAAAGUUAGAACCAUCAAUUGUUAAAGGGAUGGUGAUGGGUAGACCCGACAAUUUAUAUUCUGCAUUUCACUUAAAAUACAGUAUGAUUUUAAAUAUGACCAGAGUUGAAGGAAUUAGUCCUGAUUACAUUCUUCAGAGAAGUUUUUAUCAAUUUCAGAAUACAGCUGGAUUACCAAAACUUGAAACAGAGCUAAGCAAAUUAGAAAAAGAAUAUAAAGAUUUUGAUGUACCAGAAGAAGAUGCAAUCAAAGAGUAUUUUAAUAUAAGGUCACUUUUAGAUUCAUAUAUUCAUGAUAUAAGAAAUAUUGUAAAUCAUCCACUUAACAUUUUAAAAUUCAUGAGGCCUGGUCGCUUGGUUUGGGUGAAACAUGCAAAUAUGGAGUUUGGAUGGGGUAUGGUAGUUGCUUGGGGAAAAAAAAAGCAGGAUCCAAGUUUUGAAGCAAAAAAUACUUUAAAUCCGACGGAGAAUAAUUCUGAAUUAAAUCAACCAGCAGCCGAGAAUCCCGGAGAAAACUCAGAAGAAAUUAUAGAAGAAAAUCUAGAGAAAUUGGAAUUUUCUUUACCUCCAGACCAUUAUUUUGUUGAUGUGUUAUUAAAUUGCGAUCCUGAAUCAGUUGUUGCUAAAUCAGCAGACGGUAAACUUAUUGGUGUAAAACCUUAUAAGGGAGAUGGUUUAGGAGAAAUGAUGAUUGUCCCUGUUGAACUUUCUACCCUUCAUUAUAUAAGUCAAAUCCGUGUAUUUUCACCCAAGAAUCUAUCACAUAGAGAUUAUAGAGACGCAGUAUACGAUAGUAUAAUAGAUAUCCAAGAAAGAUUUCCUGAAGGAAUUCCACUUUUAGAUCCAAUAGAACAUAUGGGUAUUGACGAUGAAAGCUUUCAAAAAUUAAUAAGGGUAUUGGAAUCCAGGCUUGUAACUAGUCAGCUUCACAAUACAGAAAGACUUCCAAAAUUAUACGAACUAUAUUGUAAAAAAAAUGAUCUUAAACAUAAGUUAAAAUUGUUAAAAAAGACGAUUAAUAUUUCUCGAUCUAUUUUACAACUUGAUGAUCUUAGGUGUCGUAAAAGAGUUCUUCGUCGGUUAGGAUAUUUAACAGGAGAUGAUGUGGUUACUAUUAAAGGUCGUGUUGCUUGCGAAAUAAAUGCAGGAGAUGAGCUUGUAUUAACUGAAAUGUUAUUGAAUGGUGUAUUUAAUGAUUUAUCUUCAGAAAUGACAGCAGCUCUUUUAAGUUGUUUUGUAUUAGAGCAGCCUGGCGAAAAGAAAACAGGGCUUGUUAAAGAAGAAUUUUAUACAAUUUAUCGUAGAUUACAAGAGACCGCUCGAAAUAUUGCAGCAGUGACCGUUGAAUGUAAUAUUGCAUUAGAUGAGGAUCAAUAUUUAUGCACAUUUCCUCCAAAUAUGAUGGAAGUUGUUUAUAAUUGGUGUCAAGGAAAGCCUUUCUCGCAAAUUAUGAAAAUGACUGAUUCAGUUUUUGAAGGGGAAAUUGUCCGCAUGUUUCGUUACCUUGAUGAAAUGUUAAAAGGAAUGAUAGCUGCAUCUAAAAUUAUAGGAAAUAACGAAUUGGUAGAGAAGUUUAAUGAAGCCAUUGGAAAAUCAAGACAAAAUACUUCUUUAUUCAACUACAGUUACGAUGUAGUAAUGACAUCGUUGGAAGGCUUCAUGAACUGGAUUCUUAAUCCAUACUUUCUAGACAACAGUGGAGCAUCUCGUGAUCAUCGAUAUCAACCUACUUUGUGGAAUUUCUUGUAUUCAUACAAUUUAUUUUUAGCACUUUUUACUAAUGUCGUUAUUAACCGGAUCUAUGCGAUUGUUACAAUACACAAUCCAAGACCUUUACCAUUUAAAGCUCGUCUAUUAGUCAGAAUACCAUCUAUAUACUACUUGACUAAAGCUUUAAUGGUUUUAACGGCACGACUUGCAAUAGAAAUUCCUAGUUUACAGUCUUUUUUGUUUCAAUCGAUUUUAGAUCUCGCUAAUGAUUACAACAAUCAACAAGCACUUUGGCUAACUUUUAAAUCCUUCUCAGGUGUAUACGUUUUGAAAGCUUUUCAUUGUUGCCUUGAAAAUAGAGUUUUACCAGGAAGAGAACAAAGCACUACAUUAUAUGAAUAUUCGUUAUUGUUUCAUUUCUGUGACAUUUCAUCAGGAAAAUCCAAUGCAGAUUUACUAUUGAUAGCAUUUUUUGAAAAUUUGGACGUACUUUUAUUAGAAACUUUAUAUCUUCAUCCAUCAGGCCUUCAAUAUCGUCUUAUCACUACUUCAAUCGUUGGAAUUAGUGGGCUUGUUCAUUACAUAUAUGCAAUGUGCUAUAGAUCAGACACAUAUCCUAUUUUUCAAAGUUUUGUACGAUUUCCUGAACUUGCAUUAUUUGUUCUCAUAUUUAUUUGCUUUUCAAUUCAUAUUAUUGCAUAUAUACUUACUGGUGGAAAUAUUCGAAGGAGAUUUUUCUUGGAUCUUUCAUCUUUGCCAUCAUUAAGUGGGGAUUAUACAUUGGAAAUAUAUAGAAUUGGCACUAUUAUUAUCGAAACCCAACAUAUUCAAGGAUUCCGUAAUGAAUUGCCACCGAUAUAUUUACCUUCUUCCACAUAUCUCGAAAGAUCGAGAAGGAAUUCAAGACGACAAGCUUCCAUUGAACAAUCAAACACGAUAAGACCAAGACCCGGAUUUGACAAUUUACAAAAUAACAAUACUUCAGGCUCGACAGAUCUUCAUAUCCAACCUUUUGCUACGUGGACAAGAUUUUUUAUGAAAGUUAUACAAUUAUUUUACGUUACAACAUUAAGAAUCGGUGCUUGGAUAAAACCAUCUUUCAGUAGUGAUAGAAAUGACUUAAGAGAACAUUAUUCUUCAACAUCCACAUCAAUUACACGAUAUGCUUUGGCACACUUUUCAUGUCCCAAUGUUUUAACUCGUAGAAAAUGUCAAGAAAAUUCCAAUAACAAUUCUUUAUCUGCACAAUCUUCUCAUAUGAAUGAACUUUCCGCUAUUUCAGCAUUAAUGAAUGAGAGGCGUAAACCAAAUAAAAUUUUUAAUCUAAGAUCUUCAGAUUCUCAUUGUGUUGUUUGUCUGAUCGAACCAAGGCUUUGUGUUCUUAAACCUUGCGGCUGUCUUGCAAUUUGUGAGUUGGUAAGUGUUGUUUUGGAGAAGAGAAAAAACCCGAUACCUUGGUCACCUUUAUAA